UUGUGAAUGGCAGCUAUUCUUGAUACCGAAUUUUAGUACUGAAAAUCAAUCAAGUAAUCAAUGACUUAUUUGUAGCAGGGAAUGGUGCAACAGUAUGAGCUAGGAACACAUUUGAGGAAACGAUAUACAACAGAAAAUAGUGAAACAUAUUUGUUUCAUAGAUCGUAUUCAAAAAACGAGGUUUAUGUACAGAGUACUGAUGUCGAUCGAACACUCAUGAGUGCUGAGUGUCAGAUGGCGGCAUUCUAUCAUCCUAAUGGAUCACAGGUGUUUCUGAAGUACCUAAAAUGGCAGCCAGUUCCCAUCCAUACUGUACCAAAGGAUGAAGAUAAUGUACUGCAUGCCUUUACUGCUGACUGCCCAAUCUACAAACAGUUUGAAAACAACUUGAUAAAUGACCCUGAUUGGGUACAGAAAAGAAAAAAGAAGAUCAGUGGCUUCUUGAUUACUUGAAGAACAAGAAAGGUGUGACUCACGAAAUGGAUCUGCACGAAGCAGGUCACAUUGGAGGGACACUGUUCGCUCAAUGGCUCCUUGUGACUCAUGACAAGUACUGUACCUAAAUGAAGCAGCUUACACAUCAGCAGAGUACUGUUUGCUCAACAUUGUCACAGUGUACAAUCAAACUCUAUCGUUAUGAUAAACCAAACGCAGACUCAGUUGUGCACCUUGCUUCUAACUUUGUCAGGAUUUGAUUCAGCAAUCCAUUUAGACAGUUGUUACUGUCAACUCCAGUACAGUUCUCGGAAAUGGGACAGAGUGGGAUAAAGACCGCCAGUUGACAAUUAAGAUGAAGUCGGCCAGUCUGUGCAGCUAUUGCACUUUUCUGACUAUUCUAGGUGCUGUUUCUGUAGUACAUGGUGAGGCGCGGUACCAUGACUGCCUGCACUUCAGUCACUACAGCUGCAUUCUUUGUUAUGUGCGGCAGAAGUGAUGUCGUCAAUGGUAGACACAUUGCAGAUGUCUUUCAAACACAUCAUGGCUUUAGUUAAUAUGCUAUGCUUCUAGAUUAGUAAAUUUGGUGAAUACCUGAUCUGUUAUGUUAUCAACUCAAUAAUACUUUUUGUAACAUGGA